AUCACAUACUAUCAAAUCGAAAUUCUAUUAGAGAAUGUCUGAAUCUGAAUUCAAACUAGGAGUAGAUUCAAAUUCCAAGAUAUUAAAUGAGGAUGGUGAUCCUGUUAUCGAGAUAGUAGAAGACGUAAAAGAUACUUCAAAGAAGAUCAAGACGGGUAUAACUGAACCAUUAGAUAGUGAUAGAAUGGAGAAGAAUGUUACUAGAAGGCGUGUAUCAAAGUUACGAGAACUUUUAGGUGUCGAUCUCGACCAUGAGUCGCUACCAAAUGAAUCUAAGAAAACUAAGAGUGUACGAUUUAAUAAGAAAGAUCUAGAACCAACCUCGAAUUCAUCUAAACGUUCAAAUCAAGGAGUCUUAAAUGAUCUCGUCGUCGAACGAUCUAAUGAUUCCCGACCCGAUCGUUUAUCUACAAGUGAAGAUGAGCUUGAUUUCUAUGAAGAUGAUGAGGAUACGCUUGACAUCGAAGCUGAUCUCAUGCAACAGCAACUAGCAGUAGCUUAUCAUACAAAACGCAAUAAUUUCUCAGAUUUACAAGAUGACAUUUGGGAUCAAGAAUUCGUUCCAGAUGAUGCCUCUUUAGUUGGACAAGCACCACCAAAAGGCAAAUUCGAACCCUAUGCUAAACGCUCAUUUAGUGAUAAGAUGAUAAAUGAGAAUGGUGAUGAAGAGCAAGUUUCCAUUAUGAUACCUAGAUUAGUUCCAGGUAUGAAGAUGGGUCAUUAUAAUGAUGGUGUUAUAACGACGGAAGAAGCAGAUGAAUGGGAUGACUACACGGAAGAGGCCAAGCAAUUAUUAGAAAAGCUUAAAAUGGGAAACAGAGAAGAUCUACCGCAAUUACAACGUCCUAUGGAAAGGAACGUAGAAGAAAUGGAAAGGAAGCCACCUAGAGUUGAGGCAACAACGCGAGAAAAAGAUGAGGAAGUAGAGGUUAAACCAAAAAUAUCGCGUUUUAAAGCGUCUAGAAUGCAAAACAUGUAA